GCUCACACUUUCUGUUUUUCGCGAAAUUCUCGCAUUUUCCGGGCGUUUUUCCCAUCCGGGUGUGGUUUUUGGGGUGUAGGGGGGCGUUCCGCAUCGAUUGGCAUCAAAAAAGCGGAAAAAUCAAGUUUAUUUAAUUUCAAAAAGUCCCCAGAGUGUAAAAAGCCAAAAAACGGUAGUCUAAAUUCAGGGGCAGCAUUCCCUCUCGCUCCCACUCUCACUCCCUCUCGCUCGCACAUCGUUUGCUUAGUCAGCACGUGUCGAAUGUACAGAAAAGUUGACAGAAAGGCUGAUUUUGUCGACGAUCCUGCGGGCUGUUUCAAAAAAAUUUCAUUUUUCCUCGAAAUUCCUGGUUUAUUUAGUUAGAAUUAAUUAGAUUAAGAAUGGAAAUACGUCAGAAUAAGUAUGAGAAAUUGGAUUUCCUCGGUGAGGGUCAGUUUGCCACGGUUUACAAGGCCAGAGAUGUCGAUACCGACAGGAUAGUUGCAGUGAAGAAGAUCAAGAUUGGUAGCCGCGAGGAGGCUCAGGAUGGCAUCAAUCGAACAGCGUUGAGGGAGAUAAAAUUGCUCCUGGAGUUGCAUCAUGAGAAUGUGAUUGGUUUGCUGGAUGUUUUCGGGCAUAAAUCCAACGUGUCCUUGGUGUUUGACUUCAUGGACACGGAUCUGGAGGUGAUAAUUAAGGAUUCAACGAUUGUCCUGACGCCCGCCAACGUGAAGGCAUACAUGAUCAUGACACUGAGAGGUUUGGAGUAUUUGCACCACAAUUGGAUCCUCCAUCGGGAUCUCAAGCCAAACAAUCUCCUCGUCAAUGCUGACGGUGUACUCAAGAUUGGGGAUUUUGGUCUAGCAAAGUUCUUUGGGUCACCCAAUAGGAUAAAUACUCAUCAGGUUGUCACACGGUGGUACCGUUGUCCGGAACUUCUCUUUGGGGCACGUCAGUAUGGCACGGGGGUUGACAUUUGGGCUGUUGGAUGCAUCCUGGCUGAGCUACUUCUCCGUGUCCCCUUCCUGCCCGGAGACAGUGAUCUCGAUCAACUCACAAAGAUCUUCCAGGCACUGGGAACCCCUACGGAGGAGAACUGGCCUAGUGUGCACACACUUCCGGACUUUAUGCAGUUCAAACCGAUGCCCGGUACACCGUUGCGACACAUCUUCACAGCAGCACCAGAUGAUUUGCUAGAUCUUGCGGAGAAACUCCUCGCGCUGUGCCCCUUGAACCGGUGCACGUGCACCGAAGCCCUCCAGAUGCCCUAUUUCAGCAAUAAACCAGCUCCAACGAUUGGAACCAAAUUGCCCCUACCGUCAUCGCUCAAUCACAGAGCAGCAGAUGAGAAGCCCAGUCUCAAGCGGAAGCUCGCGGAUGCCAUUACCGAAGGAAGUGUCUCCAAGCGGCUUCAGUUCUAAAGAAAAGUUCCAGUAAAAAGUCUUUGGCUUGUUUGUGACUAUUACUUUUUUUUAUUACAAAAAUAUAAUAAUUACUUAUAAA